AAAACAGUCUCUCUGUGUUCUAUGAAGUCUCCAGACUCUGAGGCAGUGCGGCUCUUACCUUCCAGAGUUCCAGUUUGGUAGCUUUUUCUCGCAGCCCUUUCUAAUUCCGCAGAAGCUUUACUCUUUGAAUGUCAUGUUAUUGAUCAGAAGGUCAUCGUUGCUCUUCUCCUUCCGGUUAUUACCUCGUGUUUCAUCAUCCAUUAGCUUCUUCUCUUCUACCUGCAAUGCAAAAGUUCCCUCAUUUACUUUUCCUGAAACAUUUCCUCCUGUUCCGAAGAAAAUACCUUUCACGGUUUCCGCUCACGGACGAACAUGGGAAGAUCCUUACCAUUGGAUGUCCAACCCCGAGGACCCCGAUUUGUCGAACUAUCUGAACCAGGAAAACCUGUAUGCCGAAGCUUUCAUGGCUGACACUGAGAACUUACAACGUGAACUCCUCUUAGAAAUGCGAAGCCGAAUGCCUCCCAAGAUCUCUACUCCCCCUGAACAUUGGGGACCCUGGUUGUACUACCAAUACAUCCCUGAAGGGAUGGAAUUCCCGGUUCUGUGUAGGAGAUUGGAGGACUGCAAGAGUGGUUGGAUGAAUAAGCUUGUCAAUUACGUGAGAGGGCUUGGAAGAGAGCAAAUAUUGCUCGACUGGAAUGAAAUUGCACAGCAGUUUGGUUAUGUUCAUGUGGGCAUGUGUCGUGUUUCACCUGAUCACAACUUUCUUGCAUACACACUGGACACUACUGGUGCAGAACAUUUCAUGCUUCAAAUUAAAGACCUUAGAACUGGAUGCAUUCUUCCUAAAUCAAGAGUUGAUGGUGUUGUUAGCUUGGCAUGGGCUCAGGAUUUCUUGUUCUACACAGUUUCAAAUGAGACCCAGCGGCCUUACAGGGUACUCUGUACAAGACUAGGAUCAGGCAUGAUGGAUCCUAAUCUGAUAUUCACAGAAAGUGAUUCCAGUUGCUGUGUGGACAUAGCAAGCACCAAGGAUGGGAAGUUUAUCACUGUAAAUUCUAAUUCGAGAACAUCAUCUGAGGUUUAUGUAAUAGAUGCAACCAACCCACAAAAUGUGUUGCAAAGAGUACGGAAGCGUGUGCCUGGUGUACAAUACUUUUUGGAACAUCACUAUGGUUUCUUUUAUAUUCUUACAAAUGCUUCUUUGGGGGAAGAUACAGGUUUGGUCGGUGGAGGUUAUCAUUUGGCUAGAUGCAGUGCUGAGGAUAUUCAGUCGGCUACAUGGCAGGAUAUUAUUGUGCCAGAUCAAGAUGUCAACUUUCAAGAUAUGGACAUUUUUAAUGGACAUUUAGUGUUUUUCCUUGAUAAGAGGGGAUCUCCUAUGAUCUGUUCCAUCAAUAUGCCUAUUGCUGAGAAUUGUAAGAGUCCUUUGAAGCUCAAUGAUCUUAAUCCUUGGUUUUUCCCUGUGCCUGCAUGCUUCUGUAAUGUUGCUCCUGGCUCAAACCAUGACUUCAUGACGUCCAUUUACCGCGUGGUGCUUUCAUCCCCAGUGAUGCCUGAUGUAAUCAUUGACUAUGAUAUGUUAAAGCAAAAAUUCCUGAUUGUUCAGCAAGAGGAAAUUAUGGGAGUUUGUGGCAGUACCAGGUCGGAUUCAAGGACAUCUGCUUCUAAGAAAUCCAUUGAAAAGCUUUUGGGCAUGCAUACCCACAAUGACCAGUCUAUCCUAAAUGUAGGUUUGCAUAGCUGGAAAGAUCUUUCUCACUCAUUUUCUUGUGAAAGGAAGGAAGUUAUUUCCCAUGAUGGUGUUUCAGUCCCUUUGACCAUCUUGUACUCUCGGGAGGCACGACAAAAGGGUCACUCUCCUGGACUUUUACUAGGGUAUGGAGCUUAUGGUGAGGUUCUGGAUAAAAGUUGGUGUGCCAAUCGCUUAAGUUUACUUGAUCGUGGUUGGGUUGUGGCAUUUGCUGAUGUGAGAGGUGGUAGUGGUGGAGAUUCUACGUGGCAUAAAUCAGGCAGUGGAAUGCACAAAUUAAACUCAUUUUAUGAUUUCGUUGCUUGUGGCAAGUACCUGAUUAACGAGGGUUAUGUUCAUAAAGAUCGGCUGGGUGCUAUGACCUUUAGUGCAGGAGGCCUUGUUGUGGGGGCAGCCAUCAACAUGUAUCCUGAUUUAUUUCGUGCUGCUAUUUUGAAGGAGGAUAUGAUGUUUCAGUUAUGUUUGUGUCAGGUUCCGUUUCUUGAUAUUUGCAACACAUUGUUAGAUCCCAGUUUACCACUCACCAUCUUGGACUACGAAGAAUUUGGGGAUCCUAGGGUUCAAACUCAGUUUGAGACUAUCUUCAGCUAUUCUCCCUAUGAUAACAUUCCUCCAGGAGUUUGCCAUCCUUCAAUGCUGGUGACAACUUCAUUUCAUGACUCAAGAGUUGGAGUAUGGGAAGGUGCGAAAUGGGUGGCCAAAUUGCGAGAAAGAACAUGCUCUAGUUGUUCUCGUUCAGUCAUCCUGAAGACAAAUAUGAGUGGAGGACAUUUUGGUGAAGGUGGCCGGUUCAGCCAAUGUGAGGAGACAGCCUUUGAGUAUGCCUUUCUGAUGAAAGUGACGGGGAUGCUCAAUGCUGAAAAAUCUGGAGGUUUAUUGUGAACAGUUUUUACUUUACAUGGAUCAACUCUCAAAUGACUCUUAAUAUUUCGUGCGAGGGAUUGCACCUAUUCUUACUACCAUCAUCGUUCCAUC